AUGGAAUCAAGAUUAGAAAAUAUUAUAAUUAAAAGAGUUUCAGAGGAAGACAUAAUUCAGAGGGAGAUAUUGAUCCCUGAGCAGCUGAAGCCAUUCAGGGGCACCCUUUCUGUGCAUCAGGUUCUUUGGGACAUAUUCAAACCUAAAAUUACUAUGAGAAAUAUGAGUUGCUUCUCAUAUGACGCUGGUGAAAUUUGCUCCCAUGGUAAGCAUUUCGAUUAUAUCAACAAUAUGUCUGCUACAAAUCAGAACGAUGAUUCCGAUUUUUGUGUAGUUCCCCUGGCAAAUACUAAGCGCAAAUCCAAAAAUGAAAACAAAAUUCAGAUUACUUCUAAUGUUCUUAUUGAAGUCACGAAUAAGACUCUACUUCAGGGAGAAUUGACCCAUUUUAAUGAGAUGAUGUGA